UCAGUCGGCUUUGGAUCCGCAACCGACUUGAUUUGAUUGUUGAGUUUGGUGUUUUCGUCAGAGCUGUUGAUCGUGUGCGGCGACGCGACGAUGCCUCCAGCACGCCCAACCAGACCGCACCACGCUCGGUCGCAGUGGCGGGACCAGAACUAAAAAGUGGGUGAACACCUCAAAACACAAAAUCAUGUCCAACUCAGACGACGAUAUACCAGCCCUUUCGGCCGAGACAUUCAUGGCCCUGCAAGAGUUUUACAAGGAGCAGGAGAUUAAGGAGAGCAAGCUAAAACUGGCGGUAGCCUCCAAUGACAUUAAAGAAAUACACAUAGAAGAAGACUGGCAACUCAGCCAAUUUUGGUAUGAUCAAGAAACAGUGGACUUCUUAGCAAAUCUAGCAGUUAAAUCAGUGGGGCCCACAGGGAAGAUUGCACUUGUGUCUUGCCCUUCAUUGUACAAAAAAACCAAAGAACUAAGUGGACCAGAACAAGAAGUUAUCUUGUUUGAGUAUGACAAAAGAUUUGCUGUAUAUGGAAGUGAUUUUCACUACUUCGACUACAACUAUCCUUUGGAAGUUGGCGAAAACAUGGGUAAACACUUUGAUUUGGUGGUGGUGGAUCCCCCAUUUUUAGCUGAGGAGUGUCUGAAUAAAAACUAUGUGGCUAUGAAAUAUCUUUCCAAAGACAAAAUCAUUCUUUGUACAGGGGCCAAAAUGUCUAAGUUGGCUGAAAGCAUGGGCUUGGUUAAAACUGAAUUUGUACCAAAACACAAAAACAAUUUAGGAAAUGAAUUUUGUUGUUAUUCUAAUUAUGAUUUUUCAACAAUAAACACUCAAAGUUACAAGGGUAUUAUUUAUUUUCUAGGGUGA